GUCAAACAGACGUGUGAAGAAAGACACUGCACUUCUUGAAGAGGCUUUCUCGUUUAAAAUGUCAAAUGAUGAGAAACGAUAUGUCACAUCUGACAGUAACCUCGGCAUUAAGCUCGUGGAAAAGUGCAGCGAUAUCGAUCCAUGUGAUGAUGAUCCAGAUGUUUUAAGAGCUAAAUUAUCCUGUGGUCACAUCACUGGACCACAGACACUUACAGACUACUGCAGAAUACAGCUGGAUCAGGGUAAAGCUGAGCUGAGAUGCCCUGAGUGUAAAGAUCUUUGGUCUUACACUGAAGUGCGUAAACUAGCCAAACUCACACCUGAAGAACAGCUAUACUUUGAGGAAAGAUUUGCCAACAACGCUACUAGAAAGAUAACAGACAUCAAGAACUGUCCUGGUUGUGAUUGGUUGAUCGAGAGAUCAGACUCAUCUAAUCUCAGCGUGCAGUGCACCGUUUGCUCUGUAAAGAAUAAAAAAACCUUUGAGUUCUGCUGGCAGUGUUUGAGAGAAUGGAAAGGGCAGCAUCCUCGAUCUGAUCGAUGUGACAAUGAAGGCUGCUGCAACAGAGAUCUGGAUCUGCUGAGAGAUUGUGCAACUAUUAUUUUACAAGAUGCUGCAAAUAUUGAAUGUCCAGCUGUUCGUGCUUGUACAACAUGUGGUUUGCUGCUUAACCACAACACACAGAUGUGUAAAUCUGUUACAUGCUCGAGGUGUAAAACAGUAUGGUUUGGCUCCACGACAGACUUCAAUUCCAUUUUGGAGAGAUAA